CUGUAAUUCCUAUUGACACACGUCAAAAACAUAACCAUAAAUGAAAAAAGACACGAUGGCGAACGAAGCAACUACUACAUUUCCACCAGAGAUCAACAAUUUACUUGAGAAGCACGGAAUCGAUCGCACCGAUACGACAGCAGCGAUAAAUUUGUUAAUCCGUUUAAAGCUAGCCACUGUGCGAGAAACAGAUGAUCAAAUUGUCAUCAUCUAUAAUUCGAACAGUGAACAGGAGACAAGCGACAUUGACCAAAAUAACAAUCCUCAAUGUUUGGCAGCGGCUGAGGAAAUUAAGCCCAAUAGGAACGUUUUUACACCCCACCAACCAAAUAAAUCCCCACGGUUGUCAUCUCCAGAAAACAACAAAAAGUUAUUGAAUGAAUCUUUCUGUGGCGAACGGAGUGCUGACAUUAAAAACAACAAGAAAAAUUUGUCAUCUUCAGAGAGUGACCAGGAAAUAUUAGAAGAGUCGGCAUGCAGUGAACCGAGUGUCGACGGAAAGGAAAAUAAAGGAGGUGUUGAUGUUGAUUUGGAUGAUUUUAGUCCUAAUGUAUUGGAAUUCCUUCUUAAUGAAACGUUAAUUGGAAAAACCCUUCUCCAACAAGCCAAAAGUGGUAUCUUAUCGAAGCGGCGGCAAUUAGAUUUGGCGGAAAUUGUGACCAGCUGGCAUUUUGCACAUAAAACGAAACUUCACGAGAGAGAUUUGCAAAAGUAUUCACGUGUAAUUGUGUUACUUUUUAAAAACGAAAAACAGGACUCAUAUUUUCUGCCAAGAGGAGGAGACAAACGAAAUCCUGGAGGUAAAAUAGCCAACAAAAUCAACACGUUGAAAAACAGAGCUCGUAAACGCAGGUUAUACGAUGAAAAUUAUUUAUCACAUUUGAAGCAUACCAACAAUUCUGUAACAGAGCACGGUGAAGAUCUUAAUAGUUCUGGAAGAGAGGCGUUAGAAUGGCUAACCACGAAUGAUGCUCCGUGGACAACGGUACUUGUUAAAUGGAAAGCGUCUUUCCCAGUUCGAUCAAAAUUACUAAAAAAGAGCAUUGCUGUAGAAGAAUUAAUCAUAGCAAAAUUGUGGAGUUUGAUAACAUCAGAGUAUGGACAUCAACUGGUAGGAAAGUUUUGGGCCCAGGAACGAAUCCUGGACGCGUACUGGUUGUAUCAAGUGGAUUCCGGUCGUCGUGUCGUGAAAUAA